AUGGCAUACUUGAAAAGAUCAAGGCGUUCUGUCAAAAGAAGUCAUCUUUGUAGAUGUUCAUCUCUGGUGCUUGCAUUGUUCCUGUUUUCUUCUUGUGUUAUGGUUCUAUUCUUUUUAAUUAUUGUGCUUCCUGAUGCAAAUUUCAAGAUAAAUGGUUCUCUAUCCCUCAAGCAAAUGAGAUUCAGGAAAAGGCUCGAGGUCGACAGUCUUGGUCUGCUCGGUGAAGAAAUGAUUAAGAUGCUUGGGACCGAUCUUCCUUUUACAGUUUUCAUACCAUCAGAACAAGCUUUUGAGGAGAUCUUGAAGAUGCAGGCUAACGGCAGUGAUAAUAAGCAGACUGCAAGUGAAAGGGAAGCUGUUCUUUCUCGCGUAUUAGGUUUCAGUGCAGUUCCUCAGCAUUUGUUGUCAGUUGAAAUGUCAUCCGGUCAAGAGCUUCCCUUGUACUCGAUUUCUGGAUUUAGAUUGGAUGUCACCAAGGUUUCUACUGGAAUGUUGUUGGUUAACAAUGUGCGCUCCAAGCUGGUCGAUCUCAGAAGAGGAAAGGUCAUUGUACACUUAAUAAAUGGGGUAAUCAUGGAUGCGGAGUUUGAGCAGGCAGUCAAACCUGUUGAUGAAGGUGAUUAGUUUGUGCAUCUUAGAUUAAGUAUAUCCCUUAGAAGGAAUUUCAUUUCGUUCUUGGUGAAUUUAUUGUGUCUUAUAUCAAAGCAUUAGCAUACUCUGAAGGAGGAUGAUUUACCAUAUUUCUAUUGGUUUCCUAAGGUCA